CGUGUCCCGUGUUUACUGGCGCCCCGCUCGAGGGUGGCAACACGUCGCCGCUCAACAUACAGAAGGGCAAGAAGUGGUGUAACGACUGCGGGGUGAGUAGAGAGAGAGAGACUUCUAACGGCCAGAGCCCGUCUCACAACACGGCCGAGUGUCCCGUCGCCGAGGACGUCUUCUAGAUAACGCUGGUUAUUUUGGGCCUUUGAUGUUUUGAGUUCUGGUUGUGCAUGACACGGGUUAGUCUGGGCCUCUUAUAGUGAUGCAACCGGGUGGUUGUCAAUUCAAAACCGUGAGGUAAUCAACCUGGCUUUCGGGCCGGUGGGCCGGUCACCGUCAAAUGACAUGGUGACUGACGCGCAUAUAUGUACAAUAACAGCGUACAACUUGUCCCACUCGCUCCGUAAUUCGUCAAAUCAGCAAUGCACGUCCUCUUAACCGGCGCCCUCGGCCGUUGCGGCAUGCGCACACUAUCUCAACUCCUCGACGAGGGGCACACGGUGCUCGCGACCGACCGCACCUCGCCAUCCUCCCCACUCGGCGACGGCGCGGAAUUUAUGGCGGCAGACCUGACCUUGCUGCACGACAUCGACGCUCUGUUCAAGCAUCGCUUCGACGGGGUCAUUCACCUGGGGGCGAUUCCGAACCCGGUGCCCGAGAUCGACGACCGCGAGCUGCACGCAAACAACGUCGUGAGCAGCUACAACGUAAUGCGCACGGCGGUAGACCACGGCGUGCGCCGCAUCGUGCAGGCGUCGAGCGUGAACGCGCACGGCUUGAGCUUUGCGCCUCCGGGCCACACGGCAUUCGACCGCUUCCCCAUCACGGAGGCGGUCGAGCGGCGCGACGAAGACGCGUACGCGACGUCCAAGCACGAGUGUGAGGUCCAAGCGUCUGCGCUGGUCCGGUAUGCGCCGGGCACGCGCAUCGCGUCCCUCCGCCCACACAUGGUGCGCGACGACUACGCGUCCGCGUACCCCGACACCGAGGCGCGCGACAUCUUCUCGUGGGUGUCGUAUGCGGCGGUCGCGCGCGCCGCCGUCCUCGCACUCACGUCGGAGGGGUGGGGCGGGCACGAGGUGUUCAACAUCGUCGCGCCAGAGAUCUGCUGGGAAGGAAGCGUGGAGGAGCAGUAUAUAGAUAAAGACGGGGAGCCGCCGGCGCACAAGGUUGGCACACUCGAGCUUGUUCGCAAGUACUGGCCCAAUGUCGAGGUCGACGAGGAAUACUGGCGCGACAGGCCGAGACGCGCCGUCUGGGACUCCUCCAAGGCUGAGCGCCUGCUGGGGUGGCGGCAUGAAUAGACGAGCGCGUGUUGCGGUGCAGCAUAAAUAGGAACAAUGAAAGUCUUGCCCACGCC